GCUGCAGCAUCCUACAGUAAUGCAUCACCGAAGCAAUUUAGCCAAUCCCACCGCUAGGUAUUAUAACCUGCCGUCCUGCCCUCCCUCAGCUUGGUUCCCGUACCUCUCCUCGUCUUGGCCAGCCGAAUCCCUGCUUCUCAGUUCUAACCGUCUCCAGGCCAUUUGUAUCACCCCCUUCUUCCUUGACCUCAUACGUUCAUUGUCUGCACUUAGCUAGGCCUCCAUAGUCUUCAUGAUGUACAGCCGUGGGCUCUCUGUCGUUUUCGCUGCCCUACCAGCUUUUGCUGCUGUCAAUGCGGCUCUGCCGGACAAUGGCUUAGACUUUCACAUUGCCUUGAUGAGUCGCCAAGCACCGGGAACACCAGCAUAUGAUUGCCACUUCAAUUGCGGCAGCACCAUCUCCGGAGGGCGCGUGGAGAACCACUGCGACAACUCCACAUGGGUCGAACUCUACGAAGCUUGCCUGGACUGCGCCCUGGAUUUUGAUAUAUGGCAAUACUACAGCAACGGCGUUACCAGUGCCGCCAGAGCCUGCGGAUUGAGCCCUACUCCGUCCCCUUCCGGUGACUCCGGUUCUUCAUCCUCGGCGACCGGCGCCGCUUCCACUUCUGCGUCCAUUUCUGCUGGAGUAUCUUCUGCGGGUACUACUGCUGCUCCAGGGUCUUCGAGCACCACUGCGGCUUUGAAUACGACAUUCAGCCUCCCGACAACUGCGCCCCCAAGUGAUACUGCCGCCACCGAAUCGACUGCGUCCCCCACAAGUUCUGUGAGCACUGCUGGUGCACCGGGAAGACAGAUGCAUGCUGCUGGAUAUAUGCGUGGUAUCUCAACUCUGGCGGGUGCCAUGUUUCUGGGGCUCAUUGGGCAGUGGUAGUCACCAUGGUGUUUACAAUCCUAGUAUGGGACUUUGCAUUGGGCCGACUUGCAUUUGGGAACCCCUACCAGGUAUAUGUUCUCCUAAUCAGUUACGAGGGGCUCGAUUUCAGGUGCUACCUAACUUAAGUCUGUAAUCUCGUAUCCGAACAACCUAAUAUGGAGCGGAUUGCUCAGCUCCGUUCUCUUAAAUCUCAGUUGGUGCGAUGUGUC